AUGGCAUAUUCUGAAGGGCGUGAUUUCAUGUUCUGCGACUUGUGUGGGACUAUGCGAACAUUGAGUUCAACUAAGCAUGCUCAAUGCCCCUUGUGCAAGCGUAAGAUAAGCGCGAAAGAGAUCUCUGGAAGACAAAUAUCUUAUACAGCCACUGCUGAGGAUAUUAGAAGGGAGCUAGGCAUAUCAAUAAUUCGUGAAGAAAAAGUGCAAUUGCAAAAGACAGAUGCUAAAACAUGUGAAAAAUGUGGCCACAAUGAGCAUACAUAUUAUUCUAGACAGAUGCGAUCAGCAGAUGAAGGAGCAACUACUUUCUACGUGUGCACCAAUUGCCAGCACCAGUUUACAGAGAAUUGA